AUGUGCCUGCUGCCCGUCUUGGUGAAGCUGCGUGAAGAGCUGCCGCCGCGUCUUGGUGUGCCCGCGGCAUCCUCCGCGGCUAUCAGCGCGGUGCAGAGCGUGCCGGUGCAGACUGGCCGGCAGCUGAGGGAUUUGGCGGCCGAGCGCAGAUGGAGUGUGGAUUUUUCCGCUUGGCAAUAUUUGGGCACCGAGAUGGAGGUGCCACGGCGGCGAUGCCCAUCAGCGCGGCCUGAAUUCUGCGGCGCCACGACUCGAGAGCAGCGCAAGACGUGGCGGCGGCGGUGCCGCCCCGCCGAAAUUGGCUGGCUGCGCUCAGCGCUGUGGAGGCUCCAGCGUUCGGCGCUGCAGGUUGAAGUGCUCUCGUCGGCUCGUGGGCUCGUUGGCUCGCGUCCGGCGCUCGACGGCACGGCUGUCUCGACGAGACGAGAGCUGUCGCGUGCGAACACCGGGGGGCAGCAGGACAGCAGGACAGCAGGACAGCGUUGA